AUGAUAGAAAGACUCCGACGAAAGAGUUCUAGUGCAGAAAGAAGUGUGAGCGAUGCUCGAAAGAAAUGGGGGAAGGCCAUAUCGACAGUGCGUCGAGGAUCCGCUGCAGCCCGCCGGGAGAGUACUGCCGUCACCGACCCCUUUCUGGAGAGAUUUACUGUCACAGGUCGGGCAUCUUUGGAUGAAUUCGUUGAGCAUUACUUCACAGACAUAUUCACAGCUCAAUUCUGGAAGGAGUUGGUGAUCAACCCGGCUAACCCCUCUUACUACUACCUCUCACUGCUGGUGACGUGCGCGAUCCUCUAUAAUCUCAUCUUCGUCAUUCUCAGGGGCACGUUUUACGAGACCAACAACGCCAGUAUGAUGAAAAUCUGGAUGCCUCUCGACUACUUCUGUGACUCUCUCUACAUUCUGGACAUGUUUUUCAUGAGUCGAAUAGGGUAUUUGGAACAAGGUCUACUGGUGAGGAAAGUGGACUCUCUCUCUAAGAGAUACCUUCUAUCGUUCCUGUUUAUAAUUGACCUACUAGCUAUCUUGCCACUGGAGUUUCUUUACUUUGUGGUCGGUUACAACGCUAUGUUACGACUGAACAGAGUUCUAAAGUUAUGGAGAAUGAGAGAUUUCUUCAGACUGGCCGAGACUCAUACCAACUCUCCCAACAUGUUCCGAGUAGCCAACCUCAUUCUGAUGAUCCUCGUCAUUAUUCACUGGAAUGCAUGCGGUUAUUUCGCGCUCAGUCGGUUUUUCGGUUUCGGUACAGAUGAAUGGGUUUACCCUGAUCCAAACACCGGAGACCAUGACCAGUUUAUCAAGCAAUAUGUCUAUAGUUUCUACUGGUCAGUUUUGACCCUGACGACUAUAGGAGAUACCCCUGUACCAGAGAGGACAGCUUCUUAUAUGUAUUGUAUCGGUUGUAGUCUUGCUGGUGUAUUGAUUUUUGCUACCAUUUUUGGAAAUGUCGGUGCCAUGAUAAACGAAAUGAACGCCCAGCGUACGAAUUUUCAGCAUAAAGUAGACGCAGUAAAAAGAUACAUGGAGAUAAGGAAAGUUGGUGGCGAGCUUCAGGAGCGAGUUGUCAAGUGGUUUGAUUACACAUGGAAUAACAAACAGUCAGUAGAUGACAGACAAGCCCUGGAAUUUCUACCGGAAAAACUGAGAGCGGAAAUAUCUAUACACGUGCAUUUAGAUACUCUUCGAAGGGUGGCCAUAUUUAAGGAUUGUGAACCGGGAUUACUUGUAGAGCUUGUAUUGAAACUCCGACUACAAGUUUUCAGUCCGGGCGAUUACAUAUGUCGUAAGGGAGAUAUUGGUAAAGAAAUGUACAUUGUAAAACGUGGGAAAUUGCAAGUUGUCUCGGAGGAUGGAAAAACUGUGUUUGUGACACUUAGCGAUGGUGCUGUAUUUGGCGAAGUUAGUAUUCUAAAUCUAGCCGGAAACAAAACCGGAAAUAGACGAACAGCUGGUGUCAGAAGCAUGGGUUACUCAGACCUGUUCUGUCUUUCUAAGAACGAUCUUUGGGAGGCUCUUCAAGAGUAUCCCGAAGCUAAACAACUUCUUAGUGAGAGAGGAAAACAAAUUCUACGGAAAGAUAACCUUUUGGACGAAGAGGCAGCAAGGCGAGAGGAAAGGCGGCGGCAAAACCUCGACAAAAAGAUUGAGCUUAUUGCGGACUCGCUUGAUGACCUAAAAAAUGACGUCAACGCUCUCAUGGAUCGGAUCAAUAAAAAGGCAAGAGAUAAGGCGAAGACAGAGGAAAUGGUCAUCGAAAUGCUGAAAGUAAAGGAAAGCGGUUCAUCACAAAAACAAGAGACAAAACCGCCUUCAGCUAAAGAUACAGAAACUAGACCUUCGGUGGAAAAGAAAGAAAGCAAACCUUCCUCGGCGGGAAAGAAAGAAAUUAAACUUUCUUCAGCGGGAAAAAAUGAAAGUAAACCUUCUUCAGCGGAAAAGAAAGAAAGUAAACCUUCUUUAGCGGAAAAGAAAGAAACCAUCGCAUCUGAUAAGAAGGAUUAA